UUGUAUCCUGUGAUAUGGAUAUUACGCCGAAUGCAAACUCGGAGAGAUACCUCACUAUGUGCGAACGCAUCCAGUUCGCACUUGACGACCUCCCGGUACUCCCUGCCGGAGACAUCCCGAAGGACGACUCGUGUCCUAUCUGUUUGCUCUCAUUCGCGAGCAUAAUAGAGGAGAAGAAUGAGGAGGAUGCGGACGCAGUUUAUGGGGGAGUUACCAAAGUGACGAGUUGCGGUCAUGUUUUCUGUCGGAAGGAUCUAUCAGAGUGGAUAAAGGGAUUUCACGGCAGCUGCCCUACUUGUCGUCACCCAUUCGUGGACAUCCAGCCACCCGAGGAUUCCGACGCAGAGUCUUCGGAUGGGGACUACUUUCCAAACGAGGAAGACGAUGACGACGACGACAUGCUUGAUACAGACGGCUUCGAUGACGAAUUCGAGGUCGACGAAAUCGACCUGGAACUGGAAUCGUGGGGUGACAUGAGCGGAUCCGAGGAGGAUGCAGAAGAUUGGGGGGACGCGGAAGAUGAUAUUGCUGUCGAGCGAAUGGCAUAUGCCUCUUCCGAAGCCCCUGAACUGGAUGCGGAUAAGGUGGAGGCAGAGUUUGAGGCCAAUGAUGCUUUCACUGGACCGUCCAAUAGCUCCAAGUGACACUUGCACUAGGAUUAUCGUCUCUGGGUAUCUUCAAGGGAAUAUAGUACUAUGACC